GUGAGGCAGAAUGAGCACUUCGUACAAUGGACUGAAAUAAACACCUCUGUGAAGCACAUUCGUUCUGUGAUAUGAGAUAUUUAUAGUCACCGGUAAACAAGUAAGCACGAUUGGCACUUAAAACAAAUUCACUUUGCUUGUUAGCAACGGAACUAGCGUUCGUUAGACCUAGUCGACCUAGUGAGUAGAUUGUAACGGUCGCAAGCUUGUGACAGUUUAAGCAACUUGGCACAGUAGGAACAACUGAGGAGGAACCACAUGUGACGAGUUGUUUUUAACGCUUGAACAUUUUUUUUUGUUUCAAGCGGAGGAUUAGGGGCCGGGAAACAAGGAGAAGGUGGGGCAGAGGAGUCAAACGGACUAAGCAGUCACUGGCCGCCUGCUCUCCAGCCGAAAUACUCACGAAGCUUUGGGUGAGAGUCGGAGAAAGCAAGAAUUUUUCGCUCACUGGAAUUAGGAAAGAGUUCAGAGCAGCUGUUGGCUGAUUUAUUCAUCUUCAGUACUGAGCUCCUAAGUGGUUACCGUGUAGAGUGUCGUGGUUCUUUUAUAUUUCCCGUUGUGGACGGAUUUUGGGGAGUAAAUUCCCCAGCCCCGUUGGACCAUGGCCGACGACGACAUUCUCUUUGAAGAUGUUUACGAGCUGUGCGAGGUCAUUGGAAAGGGUCCGUUUAGUUUGGUGCGAAGAUGCAUCAACAGGGAAUCAGGACAGCAGUUUGCUGUGAAGAUUGUGGAUGUGGCCAAAUUCACCUCAAGCCCAGGUCUCAGCACAGAAGAUUUAAAGAGAGAAGCCAGCAUCUGCCACAUGCUCAAGCACCCACAUAUAGUGGAGCUGCUAGAGACCUACAGUUCAGAUGGGAUGCUCUACAUGGUAUUUGAGUUCAUGGACGGUGCAGAUUUGUGUUUUGAGAUUGUGAAGAGAGCAGAUGCUGGCUUUGUCUACAGUGAGGCGGUAGCCAGUCACUACAUGAGGCAGAUCCUUGAAGCGCUGCGCUAUUGCCAUGACAACAAUGUUAUUCAUCGUGAUGUAAAGCCUCAUUGUGUGUUACUGGCGUCUAAAGAGAACUCUGCUCCAGUGAAGCUGGGAGGGUUUGGCGUGGCCAUACAACUUGGAGAAUCAGGACUGGUGGCUGGAGGUCGUGUUGGGACACCUCACUUCAUGGCUCCUGAGGUGGUGAAGCGAGAACCGUACGGUAAACCUGUAGACGUAUGGGGCUGUGGAGUCAUCCUCUUCAUCCUGCUGAGCGGUUGCCUGCCCUUCUAUGGCACCAAGGAGAGACUGUUUGAAGCAAUCAUCAAGGGGAAAUACAAGAUGAACCCACGCCAGUGGAACCACAUCUCAGAGAGUGCCAAAGACCUUGUGCGCCGCAUGCUGAUGCUGGACCCAGCUGAGAGAAUCACUGUGUAUGAGGCACUCAAUCAUCCCUGGCUCAAGGAAAGAGAUCGUUAUGCCUACAAGAUCCAUCUCCCUGAGACAGUCGAGCAGUUGAGGAAGUUCAAUGCAAGAAGGAAGCUGAAGGGAGCAGUGCUAGCUGCAGUCUCCAGCCACAAGUUUAACUCCUUCUAUGGGGAUCCACCUGAGGAGCUGCCGGACUUCUCUGAAGACCCCACAUCAUCAGGACUGCUAGCAGCAGAAAGGGCCGUGUCACAGGUACUGGACAGCUUGGAGGAAAUUCAUGCACUGACAGACUGCAGUGAAAAAGACCUUGACUUUCUACACAGUGUUUUCCAGGACCAACACCUCCACACACUCUUAGAUCUAUAUGACAAGAUCAAUACCAAGUCUUCUCCACAAAUUAGAAAUCCUCCAAGCGAUGCUGUUCAGAGAGCCAAAGAGGUGUUAGAAGAGAUUUCCUGCUACCCAGAGAACACAGAUGCUAAAGAGCUAAGACGGAUUCUCACUCAACCUCAUUUCAUGGCAUUACUGCAGACUCAUGAUGUUGUGGCACAUGAAGUGUAUAGUGAUGAAGCUCUGAGAGUUACCCCCCCACCCACAUCUCCCUACUUAAAUGGAGACUCGCCUGAAAGCACCAACGGAGACAUGGACCUGGAAAACGUCACGCGAGUCCGCCUUGUGCAGUUCCAAAAGAACACAGACGAGCCCAUGGGCAUCACGCUGAAGAUGAAUGACGUGAAUCACUGUAUUGUAGCCAGAAUAAUGCAUGGGGGCAUGAUCCACAGACAAGGCACGUUACAUGUUGGAGAUGAGAUCCGAGAAAUCAAUGGCAUUAGCGUAGCAAACCAGACUGUGGAGCAGCUCCAGAAGAUGCUUAGGGAAAUGAGAGGAAGCAUCACCUUUAAGAUCGUGCCAAGCUAUCGAACACAGUCCCCGUCCUGUGAGAAAGAGUCCCCUUCUACCUCCAGACAGUCCCCUGCUAAUGGCCAUUCCAGCAUUAACAGUUCUAUCUUGGACUUGCCAUCAACCAUGCAGCCAAAAGGACGUCAGAUAUUUGUGCGGGCACAGUUUGAAUACGACCCAUCGAAGGAUGACCUCAUCCCAUGCAAAGAGGCGGGCAUUCGUUUUCGGGUGGGUGACAUCAUCCAGAUCAUCAACAAGGAUGACCACAACUGGUGGCAGGGGAAGCUGGAGAACACUAAGAAUGGCACAGCAGGGCUCAUCCCCUCCCCAGAGCUGCAGGAGUGGCGGGUAGCCUGUAUAGCAAUGGAGAAAACGAAGCAGGAACAGCAAGCCAGCUGUACAUGGUUUGGCAAAAAGAAGAAGCAGUACAAAGACAAAUACUUAGCAAAGCACAAUGCAGUAUUUGACCAACUAGAUCUUGUCACGUACGAGGAAGUAGUGAAAUUGCAAGCCUUCCAGAGAAAAACACUAGUUUUGUUGGGUGCCCAUGGCGUUGGCAGAAGACACAUCAAGAACACACUCAUCACCAAGCACCCAGACAGAUUUGCUUAUCCCAUUCCACACACAACCAGACCUCCAAAGAAAGACGAAGAGAACGGUAAGAAUUACUACUUUGUAUCACACGACCAAAUGAUGCAGGACAUCUCCAACAACGAAUACCUGGAGUACGGAAGCCACGAAGACGCCAUGUACGGCACGCGGCUGGAGACAAUCCGCAAGAUCCACGAACAGGGACUUAUAUCCAUACUGGAUGUUGAGCCACAGGCCCUGAAAGUUCUGCGAACUGCAGAGUUUGCUCCAUAUGUGGUUUUCAUUGCUGCACCAACCAUCACCCCUGGAAUGAAUGAGGAUGAGUCACUGCAGCGUCUGCAGAAAGAGUCUGAGAUCUUACAGAAGACGUAUGCACACUACUUUGACCAGACCAUUAUCAACAACGAGAUCGACGAGACCAUCCGACACCUGGAGGAGGCCAUUGACCUGGUGCGCACCACAGCCCAGUGGGUGCCUGUGUCCUGGGUCUACUAGCAUACACACUCGCACACACCCACACGCCAGUCCUCUCAAGGGAUCUCUCUCUCCCCUACUCUCUGUGCAAGACAUCUCUGCAAAAAGCAUCAUCAUUACCCGGAUGAAGAAGCACUUGUGACACUCACCAACCUCAGUGUACAUGACUUUCAGUCAGUGCAGUCUUGGCCCCUUACAGACCAGUCGUAUUUGGUGUUCUCUUUAAAAAAAAAAAAAAAGUGAAUAUUGUCAUCUUAUAGCUAAAGUAGGAUGCAACAUUUUGUAGACUUUGAUUUUAAAGAAACAGUAUCUUAUGCCCUGACAUGAGUGAGAUUUUUGUUGUUGUUUGUAUUGAGAAAUAGUUUCAGUGCUUUACAGAUGCUGCCUGCACUGGUACUACUUUGUAGACAGAGCAAAAGCACAACAGUACUACAGCAGCGUGUCCUUAGCUCAUCCUUUUUCAUCUUAUUUAUUCAAUCCCACUAUCAACUGUUACACAUAACAUUUCACCACCACUGCAGUGGAUAAUGUAAUGUGAUGGAAAACAAUGUAAAUGUCCUCUUUUUUUAAUGGUUUCUAUCAUUGUUCCACUGUUUUAACAGAUUAGUCAACAGGAUAGUGUUGGGCACAGAUAUUGUCUCUCUAAAGAGGUACAGCAAUGUUUUAGAGAUAUGAAUGAGGUCUUUGUGCAUGAGAACAUCUGCAAGCUAACAUGUUGUCAAUGUUAGCAUUGUCAAGCUACUGUAAUCUUCAGGAGAGAACAUUCCAUUUGUUUGGACAAAACCAUUCAAACCAAGGGACGCCAGUAGAGUGAUUAGAGAAGGAAAAAAAAAGGUACCUAUGCACAUCCCUUGUGUUCCGGGUGACUUUCUAAACAACUGAUUUUUACCAGCCAUGUUGUGAGAUGUGUUCGUAAAUUGUCUCAAUUUAACUUGUUGUCGAGAUCAGUGGGGGAAAAAAAGAAAAAGUCUGGAUCCAUUUCAGAACUGUGUCCUAAAAGAGUAUUAAUGUUUUAAUUAAGUUGAAUCAAAAGGAAAAUAAUACUGAUUUUUUUCUAUGU